ACACCCAAAAAAAAAAAAGAGACAGCCAGCCAAGCCCAAGCCAAGACGAACACGAAGAGAAGAGAGAAGCAACAAGCGGGAGCAAGACGAACACCACCCCGUCCCACCCUCCACCCCCACCAAGCAGCAGCAGCAGCACCACCACCACCACCACCAGCAUCCGCCAAUCCAUCCGGCGUUGCGGCGGCGGCGGCGGCGGCGCAAUUCGUCGAUUCCGCCAACCCCCCCAAUUUGCUCUCCCCGGAGGUCAGCUCGAAUUCUCGCUGUUACUCGGAUUCGAUUCGGCUCGGCGGUGAGCGGGUGGGGAGGGGGAGGAGGGGGCCAGGUUCGUCGAGGGAGAUCCAGGCGGGUGCGGACUCGGCGGGAGCUCGCCGGGGGUGGGGCCGGGAUCAUGCCCCCAUUGCGCUAGGGUUUGGGGGGUGGGAGUCAUCUCCAAUUGCCCCCGCCGCGCGGCGCGCCGGCGCUGUAUGCUUGAUUCGGGCCAGCCGCGGCACCGGUUCUGGGGCGGGUGGUUGGUUCCGCGGGGAUUGGUGUGGUGCCGGCGGAGAUGAGAUCGCCUCCAUGGCUGCUGGGCUACGGGCACGCGCUCUUCUGCAGGAAGCGCCGGAAGCCGUAGUGGUGGUGGUUUGAUCCGAGCUGGGUGGUGCGGUGCGCUGUGCCCUGAUUCGUGCUUCCUGUGCUCUGAAUCCGGUACUGGGGUUCACCGGGUGUGGUGAUUUUCAUGGACAUGGUGAGGGAGGAGGCGUGGCCGCUGGCUGCGCCGGCGCAGCAGCAGCCGUCAGCUCCUCCACCGCAGCCGCCGGUGCAGCAGCAGAAUGGUCGUAUUGAUCUCCGUGAGCUGAAGCUUCAGAUGGAGAAGCGCCUUGGUCCUGAAAGGUCAAGGCGGUACUUCAGCUACCUGAAAGGCUACCUGUCGGAGAGGCUCAGCAAGGCAGAUUUCGACAAGAUGUGUCUCCUCACAUUGGGGCGAGAGAACCUCCGACUACAUAAUCGACUGAUCCGCUCAGUUCUCUACAACGCUUACCAUGCGAAGUGUCCACCUCCAGCACCUUCACCAGAUGUUGGGAGGUCUGUGGGAGCAACAGUGAAGAAGGCUUCUCAGGCUAAUGAAGCAUUAAAUUCUUGCAAUGGGGAUAUAAGGCUAUUACAGAUGCAGGGAUCAAGGCAUAUGGGCACAAUGCAAGAUCAUCAGUCAAAAGAUCGGCUGAAAAGCAUGGGCUUGAGUUGUAGGGCAGAGGCUGCUGCCAGUCACAACCAGAGUGCUCAUGGUGGUGCAGCAGGAGCAGAGAAUGGCACCCUAAGUUCGCCCGACCUUAAGAGAUCAGUGCAUUUUCAACGUGAAUCUGCAGAUCCAUUGGCAAAGCACCAACGUGUGGAGCAGUUACCAACUGGAAACAUAAUCAAGUUGAGAAGAAGUAUGAGCAAUGUCUCGGAUCAUUCUGCAGAAGCUUCAAAUAGCCCUUUACGGGCUCCACUUGGAAUUCCUUUUUGUCCAGUGAGUGUGGGUGGGGCAAGGAAAUUACCACCACCAAUUAGUGCAGAUGAGGAUCAGUGUACCAGCUGUUGUGAGCAUCAUGAGUUGUUAAAUACAGAAUUGUUGCAUAGGCGGAUGGAGAAAACAGCAGAGUCACUGGGUUUAGCUGGUGUGACAUUGGAUUGUGCUGACCUUCUGAACAGUGGUUUGGACAAGUACUUGAAGAAUCUGAUUAGGUCAUCAGUUGAGUUAAUAGGAGCUAAUGUUCAAAAUGAUGCAAGAAAAGGUGCAUUAUACAAGCAGCAUUCAUAUGGAAAGAAUGUGAAUGGUGUUUGGUUGCCAAAUCAUGUUCAGAUGCAAUCAAGCAGUGGACCGUCUGGCGCAGCCAAUGAUAUCAGAAGUAACCACUUGAUCUCCAUUGAUGAUUUCAAGGUAGCUAUGCAGCUAAAUCCUCAACAGCUCGGGGAGGACUGGCCAGUCCUCCUUGAGAAGAUCUGCUUAUGUUCACCAGAAGAAAAUGACUGACAGGUGGAAAGUGCUACUUCAAAUGAAAUUUUUGUACCAAUAUGGUUUUGGUGCCCAUGGAUGUGCAUUUGAGCUGAAGCGAUAAUACUGCAGUCAAGCAACAGAAGAUACACAUUUGGGGAUAAAGGCAGAAUUCUGCUGUCAGAUUUGCAGCGAAUGAAAGCCAAUUCUUUUCUCCUGAUAAAAUGCCCUAAUAAAGAAGAAUAUCUUCUGUUGACAUUGAUUAGGUCUCACUAGCACUCCUGAGAUGGAGACUGCUUCAUCCAAAAGUCCCAACUUCAAUGUAACAUUUGGCAUAAGGGGACAGAAGACAGCAAAAUGCAAGUGCUGUCCUGUAACUUAUAGGAAAAUGUUCUGUAAGUUUCUAGGUCAGGAUGUACAUUAUUGAUUCCAAAAUUUUCUAGGGUAUCUUCAGUACUAAUUUCAGGGAUGUUGAAUGUUAAUUUUAUUUAAAUUCUUUUGUAACUGUGUUUUUGAAAGUUAUAUCUUAGAUCUCUAAGACUUCUCUCUGCCGAUGUGUUUAUGUCUGCUUGGGAGUGGGUAGAUGUUUCCGUCAUCACUCCAGAUAUGAAAAAGUAGAUAUAUUCAUGACC